CACACUCAUUUCACACGUCCUCCGCGUUACUGGCCACGAGGAAGGGAAACAAGCAACCAAGCCCAGGUUCAUCACGAACUCGGCUCUCGAAAGACCUCACUCCGAAGCGAGGAGGUCGUGCCGGCUCUAAACAAGCCAAGAAUCUCGAGGUGGCCAAGAUUCCUCUUCCUGCUCGAGAAUCGUUUGUUCGGGACCCUGCACCGCAUCCGGAAUCAGACACAGACAGAUUCACCCAGUCAGAAGAAUCUCGGGCAGCCGGACAAAGAAGAGCGCGAUAUCGCCAGCGAGAGCGCGAACGCGAGGAGCGCCUUCAAGCACGAGACUCUAGAGGCGCGAGAAGUACAGAAAGAGCGAAGAGUAGCACAAGGGAAAUGAAUACUCACCGAUCGCCUCCUCCGCGUAUCCCCGUCGACUAUCCUGGCCUUAACCUCAAUACACCACCGCCACGAAAACCGAGGGUGGAGAAUCCGCUGGCUGAUGAAUUUGACAGGAGCACGCAGACCGAGGUUGCAUCUGCGCUGCCGACUGAAUUCACCUCCCCACCCGUCAUGGAGGGUCUGCUCUCCUCCGUCAUCGACAGUCUUGGACCUAAUGCUCAGCCCACACCCAUUCAAGCGCUUUCCCUAAAGCACCUCUUCGCACCGCCGAAAGACGGGUCGAAAUGGCGACAGUAUCUAUUAGCGUCAGAGACAGGCUCCGGAAAGUCGCUAGCAUACAUGCUACCUGUAUUGCAGGACCUGAAAACUUCCGAGCUCUCCGGGCAGAUUCCUGAGGCCGCAUCGAAGAAGGGCAAGGCACGAGUCGUCAGUCCACGGGCGAUUAUCCUUGCUCCAACACACGAGCUCUCUCGUCAGCUCUCCAAGACUGCAAAGUCGCUUCUGCACAAUGUCAAGCUGCGCGUGCUCUGCGCGUCGCAGGCGAACCAUGGUUUGCAGCAGUCUUCGGCAGCCAAGAUGGCGGCACAGCUGGCAGAUGAGCCUGCCCAGGGCGAUGGGGCUAUCGGGAGCAAGGCAAAGCAGGUCGAUGUGCUUGUCGGUACGCCGUCGAAGGUGCUGGAGAUGUUCAGAGGGCAUGGUUGGAACUGGGACCUGGCCAAGCCCGUUGACGAGACUGCGGACUUUGAUCCUGAAGGUCGUAAGAUCAGGUCUCGCAAGUUCGUUGUAGGAGAGCCGGAAGUUGGGCUUCAUCGUGUGGAAUGGGUCGUCGUUGACGAAGCCGAUGUACUUUUCGACCCUGACUUCGAGGAGUCCACUAGGAUGCUGCUGGCUGAUAUUGCUGCUGCUCGCGGACAGCCGGUGCUCGCGCCGAAGCCGGCCGAAGGUACGACGACGCUACCAUCGCCACUAGUUGUCUAUAACUACCCAUUCCACUUCCUGCUAACUUCCGCCACCAUCCCUAACUCGCUCGCCACCUACCUCAACGGCCACCACCCCGAGCUCAUUCGCCUCGCCUCGCCUAACCUGCACAAGCUGCCCGCGAAAUUGAAGACGGAGCAUGCGUCCUGGACUGGUGGUAACAAAGGCGCCGACAUCGAGGCACGGAUCCGACAGAUCUGGUACAAGGACUCGACGAGUGGAAAUGGGCGGCGAUCGAAGAUACUCAUUUUCUGCAACAAGAGCACGCGUGUCGAGGAAUUUGGGCAGUACCUCGCUGAAAAAAGCAUCCCGAACAUUGCGCUGACGAGCACGGCUGAGGCGCGCGGGCGGGGCUCAAAUAAGCACCUUGAGGCGUUCCUGCGUCCCAUUGGACCCAAAGCUGCCGUCGAUGCGGAGCUCGCCGACGCGCCCGUGAAAGAGGAUGCGCCUCAUGUGCUCAUCACGACGUCGCUCCUCUCGCGUGGGCUUGACUUCUCGCACGAGAUCAAGCAUGUGCUCGUCACGGAUCCGCCACGGAACAUGAUCGAUUUUCUGCACCGUGCAGGCAGGACGGGGCGCGCAGGACGCUGGGGCACUGUCGUCGUGUUUGGGAAGACCAAGGGGCGCGGAUCGAACAUGAGCAAGGAAGUUAUAAGCAAGGUCCGCGAGCUGAAGCAUUGGUCGUAGGCUCUCCUUUUUUGUAUAAUCGUACCACAAUAUCUGCUUAAUU